CCUCAGGCAGACACACAUGGCCAGUAACAGUACAAUGUUCCACUGAUGCUGCCUGAAGGCCUCCACUGUAUUGGCAUAUGGAAUGGACAGCCGGUGUAUGGCUUUCACACAGAGAGUCUUACCCCUCCUGUCUCUGCUCCUCAACCAACCACCUCCAACUCAAAAAAAAGAAAGCAUGAGAGCACGCAGGAGGAUGAUGCGGCUGAGUACAUCAAGAAGCCCCCGAAUGCCUUCAUGAUUUAUAUGAAGGAGCAGAGACCAACUGUGGAGGCCGGGCUCAACACCAGAGGGACUGCAGCCGUCAACACCGUCCUGGGACAGAGGGUUCCAGCCACUACAGGUGCUGCUCUCGACUCACAGAGGGUUCCUUGGGCUGCAGGGCAGGAGUGCUGGAGGUGUGGACAACCCGGACACUUCUGCCGGGAGUGCCUGCUCAUGUAGGUCGGUCAAGUCAAGAUAGACAUAUAUACAUAGACGCCGCCAUAUUGGAUGUGGCAGAUCUGCCCGUAAACUAAUACAAGGAAAUGGACUGAA